AUGACAAGAAAGGGUUAUCACGGUGAUACUUCAGCUACUUUCUUCUGUGGAGAUGUCGAUGAGAAAGCCAAAAACCUAGUCCAGGUGACAAAGGAGUCUCUAUACAGAGAAAUAUCGAUAUGUGGACCUGGAGUUGAUUACAAGAAAAUCGGCCAAACCAUUCAUGAUCGUGCAGAUAAGCAUAAAUAUGGAGUGGUUCGAAAUUAUGUAGACCACGGUGUUGGACGUGUCUUCCAUUCUGAUCCAAUUGUUCAUCACUCCCGGAACACUAUAGCCGGAUGUAUGGUGUUGAAUCAAACCUUCACCAUAGAACCGAUGCUUACCAUUGGAAGCAUUAAACCGGUAAUGUGGGAUGAUAAAUGGACCAUGGUAACAGAAGAUGCAAGCCUCUCUGCACAGUUCGAGCAUACCAUUCUUAUAACCAGACAUGGUGCUGAGAUACUAACCACCUGUUAA